AUGAAGGGAAUCGACAAGGUCAAGAAGAAACUAAUUUUGAAACAAGUCCGUGCGUUUUGCUCCCCUGAAGUUGCCGCCUCCCUUGGUCGCCGUUACUUCUCCCUCGUCGCCUCCUCUUUCCGACGAUUCUACUCACUUCUCCGACCUCGUUCUCGCCUCCGGCAGCCAACGAUGGAGUACGUGGGACUUUUGAGGACUGAGUCCCCAUCCCGUCCGGUUGCUCCGCCGAAGCCGCCAGAUCGAACGUCCACCAAAUCUCUCCACCCUCCCCAUCCGCCGGAGCCACCAGACCCACCGGAUCCGCCGGAUCUACGGUCUGUGCCUCUCCUUUUCCCUCCUGGUCUCCCCCCUCCUUCGAAGCUCACCGCAUUCCACAUCUCCUCUCCCCAAGUGUUUUCUCCAGAUCUAGAUCUAGAGCUUUCCCAUCUAGAUCCGAUUUUUGCUUCCGGUGUUGUUGUGACGCCUCUUGGGUCACCCAUUCCUGCAGUAUGCAGUCUUUCCUCCGAUCGAGCCUCUGGUUCCUCGAGUUCGUCUCACCACCUUGCAGUAAGCCUGCUUCUCCUGCAGAAGUCUCCAGAUUCUCUAGACAUGUCCUCUACAGAAGUGUUUCUUCUUCCGCUGGUGGCUUUCUUUGAAGCGGAUUCUCCCUUCGUCACUCUCAUCGUCCUUCUUCACUCGCUCACCCAGGUUUACUCCUCCUCUUUGUCUCUUGCUUCUCCCUCUGUGGAUUGCUGUAAGACUUUAGUGGAAUGGUUAGUGCUGGUGAUUGUUCCCAGUUUAUUGGCCUUUGUUGGCUCACUUAACGCCGUAGUGCGUCUCUUUACUGCAGUAUGCAGAGUUUACAUCCUUGCUGUGACGGCUUGUGCUUCAUAUUCUUUCUCUCAGUGGCAGAGUGGAAAGAAUUGUCUUAGUUGUUUCCAUCCAGUUACUCUGGUUUUGGACUUCUAUUGUCCUCAUCUCUCCUUUAAGGAGCUUAUUCUCCUCCCAUGUAUUUCACUUAGUUUAAGUGGUAUUGUUACAGGGAGCAUCGUGAAGGCUGUUCUAUUUAGAGCAGUAACCAAGAGACUCUUUGGAUCUCGAUCAGCAAUUGUUAUUGUUGACGGCUUGACCUUCUUGUCUUUGGAGGCGGUUACCCCUCCUCUUGGUGGUUUCGAUCAAGACAGCUAUUGUUGCUUUGUUCUGAGUGCUAAUUCGGUUGAGCAUGUACGCUCCCAUCUAUCCAUUUACCUCUAUUUGAGUUGUUGUAGUUUCUUUUGUUUAAUCUUAUGCUCGACCAAUCUGUGGUUUGAUGCUUUGAUUUAUUUGGCUCACUGUGGCCUUUGUAUCAUCUCCCCUUGGAGAUAA